UGGCAAUGUCACAUGCUCAUUUGUCUUCCACUUUUGGAGAUUUCCUGACAUUUGUGGCCCGUGUGUCUUACGUUGAAUUACUUAUCUCUGUGUCAUGUACAUCACUUUGGAGGUAUUCAAACAUUAAUAAGAAUCACCCUGUAUUUCCAUCAUGAGUGGGGUUCUGAAGUAUCUGUUCCAAGUAGUUUUCAUAGAAAGCAUUUAGUAACAUUUCACAGGAUGUCUUAUCAUGCCCACCACUAACAAAACUGUAAUUUUCUCAAUUGAUUGAUGAAUGAUUCAAGCCUGCACCAGUGAUUACAGUAUGCUUGAGGGACCUACUUACAAGCAAGUUUUUGGUUGCAUCAGGAAGUGAGACUUGUGGUUGAUAGAAGGAUCCAGUUACAGUUUUAUGGCCACCACUGAUACUGAGUCUUGAACAAACGAUCUCACAUGCAGCUUCUAUUUCUAUGUUGGUAGAUUUCUGUGUCUUACCUAUUGCGGCAAAUAUAUUACCUCCAUUUUCCAUUAGCCUAUCCUUUCAACAUACACUUAAAUUUUCCCCAAAAAUUCCACAGCUACCAGCUUUAGGUUUUAAACAGCUUCAUGUGCCUAGUGAGCUUUGCUACUUUUCAGGAGCACCUCAAACUUUUGGAAUUUUGUUGUGAAUACUUUGGCAGUUAACUACUCAGAUUUUAAUACUGUUGCCUGCGGGAGAGGGGCAUUCCUUCGGGUCUUACACUCAUAAUCCUGUGUCUCCUACAGCUUUCAUUAUCUGACCGUAUGGAGAGUAGCGUACUCCUUGCGUCCACCCCACACACACAGUCAGUUACCUAGGCAGCAGUCCCUGAUGUGUAGUGCACACCCGACUCAUUUAGGAGGAUCCUACAGUUCUCAACCAUAUGGCGCAAGUCUUGGGAGUCGCAGCCUAGCUUUUCACAGAACAUCCAAAGUCUCUGGUUCAAUCCUUCCACUUGACUUGGAAUCAGGGGGCCACUAUCAGUUCUGGGACAAUGCUGUAAAUUGUGAGCUUUGUUGAAACUCGGUGCGCAAGACUGUUGUUCUCAGGCUUAUCUGCUAGUCACUGGAAUGAUCCAACCAUGACCUUGGAGUACAAACAGGCAUUACUUGUUCCAAUGUGUGUCACAGUCUGCAGUUAAUUGCAGUCUGUUCCUUCAACGGCUGCUGAAAUAGCCUCUUCAGCAUUUUGACUGAGGCCUCCAGGCAUACACACUAGGUGCACCUGGUGUUGAUUUCUGUUCCUUGCUGCCAUUUCUCUCAGGAAUACCAUUAUUUGCUGUACAUUUGAACGGCCGACAAUUAAUAGAUUUUCUUGCUCUUGACCCAAGACAAAGCAGGUUUCCCAACAGGUGAAGUGAGUCCCACUGAGUUAGUUUCAGAUCGGUAUAACACCCUCAGUUCUCACAGUUUCUGUCCACCCUGUGGAGGAUGGUACUACUUGCAUACCACACAGUCAAGUGGAUGAGUAAUGACAGAUCCCACACUUCCUGCAAAAGAGACAGGAUCCGCAGGAGAGGAUAGUACACGAAGUACCUCUGGUAAAUUGACUCCUGUGAGCUGUCCCAACAUACCAGUUUGCAGCAGCUGCCAAUCAUUUGACAGUAAUAAGAGCAAUUUCCAGCUGCUUACAAAUGUCAGCUAACUCAUCACAUGUUCGAGUAUGGCAUUCAGUGAGCCUGCAUUGUGGAUGGUGCAGUGUUUUCCAGGACACUGGGCCAUUCUUUGUUAUGGGAUGAUAACACCAGUGAUAAGAGUACUUCAGGUGGGACCAAUGACUUAUGGUCGUGCCUGUCAUCUACAGAGAAUACUGGCAAAAGAACACACAAAUGGCAACCCUCAGCUUGCUGGUUCAUUAAUUCUUGUUGAACAUCCACCAGUGUAUACCAUUGGCAUCCGGAAGAGGGAGGAGUAUGCUCAAGAUCAGUCACGUCUCUGUGCACUGGGUGCAGAAUUCCAUGUAGUGGAUCGUGGAGGCUUGGUUACAUUUCAUGGACCAGGUCAGAUGGUAGCUUAUCCUGUGCUUAAUCUCCGCUUUUGGAAAGGAGGUUUACGAUCAUAUGUGUCUAGGUUGGAGAAUACUGUAAUACACACAAUCAGUAAUGGAUUUGCACUGCAAAAUGUCGAAGCGAGGCCUGCACCAUACACUGGCGUCUGGCUUGGUAAUGCAAAAAUUUGUGCUAUUGGGGUACGAGCAAGUCGUCAAGUUACAACACAUGGACUAGCACUCAAUUGCUGCGUAGAUUUGGACUGGUUUAAGCACAUCAUUCCUUGUGGACUUGAAGGCUGUGAAGUAACCUCAUUAUCUCAACAGUUAAAACGAAAAGUUGAGAUUGAGGAAGUGGUACCUUAUUUCCUUACUGCUUUUGCUACUGUCUUUCAAUGCCAUCUUGCAGAUUAUCCUGCAGCAGAGAAACGGAAACUAUAUGUAGAAAUGUGAAAGAGCUGACCUUAUGUUGUGAAACUCAUGCUUUGUAUUUAUAAAAAUAAAUGAGAAAUGUGUUGUUCUCCCACCUGCUUGCUGAGGGAGGGAAUAAUUCUUCAUUGGUCUCCCCUGGGAUGCAAAAUAUCUGAUGGAGAUCUAAUGAAUGAUCUUGUCUGUUAUGUAAUGUGUGAGGUUUUUGCAACAUUUAUUUUCCUUACAGUCAACUGUUUUGUUUUGAUAGAAUACAUAAAGAUUUGUUUUGUAAUCACUUGUGUAUAAAUUGGCUGAAAAUGUAAUUUCCUUGUAUUACUAAGUUUCAAAAAUUAAGCAAGAAAUGAGAAACCAAUAUAAGCAUAAUCUGUGAUGAAAUAUCUGAAAUAGAAGGAAAGAAUACUACCUGAUUCUUUAGCAACUUACUGAGACCUGAAGAAAGAUGCGCUCAGCAUAUACAAUAACUGUUGAACACUGUGUAGGCUUAUAAACAAGGUGCUAAUGACAGUAAAACAGCUUGCAUUUUUCUACA